UAAAAGGUAAAAUUGUGAUAUCAGUGAUUAGUAUUAUCAAAGUCUUUUCAUUGGUGCAGCUCUCAUUAUGAAAAUGUUAUUUAAGGUAUCACUGAUCACAAAAUACAGAUUAUUAAGAUACAGCUGGUAUACUAGAGUGUAGAAUGUUAAAUGCUUGAAAUUGCGUGUUGGCUUUAAAAUAUUACGUCCAUUCUUAUUAAUUAAUUAAUUAACUAUAAAUUUUAGAAUUUAAGUCUUAGUUUUAAACCUAGUGUCUAAUGUAAAAUUUUAUUUUUGAAAGCAAAAUUCCUAAAAUUAUUUACAAUUUUCUCAAUUUAAGAAAUAUUUUUAUACAUAGGUACUCUCAAAAUAAUAUUAUAUCAAAUUAUAAAAAAAUAUUGUUAUAAAAUGUGUAAUAUUAGUAUUAAAUGUCAAAAGUGCCGUAGUGAAUUGGCAUCAAACGAUAGCUCUACAAUAGUCGACUGUCAUAAUAAACCAAUACAAGAUACUUUAAGAAUAACUUACAGUUGCAAUGAAAAUGUUAUGGAAAAUAACUGGUAUUUAGCAUCAACAGCUUUACCUGAUUGGAUUAAUACAUCAAUUGAUGAAGGUAAUUGGCAAAAAGGAAAAUUAAUUUGUCCAAAUUGUACAUUAAGAGUUGGAUCUUUUGACUUUAUAAGUGGUAUUAAGUGUCAAUGUAAACAAUUUGUAUUGCCUCAAAUUCAUUUGGUCAAAAGUAAAGUGGAUAUUUAUUUUCGAUGAAUUGUAUUGUUUAUUUUAUUUA